AUGACCGUGAUCGUUGUCAAGUUUACGACAGCAGCAGCAGCAGCAGCAGCGGCAGCCAAGUGCACGAGAAAGACGCGUGAGGAGGUGGGAGGGAAGAUGGCGCGCACGAGACUUCCGACUUUGUCUACCUCGUCAGACCGCCCCACCCCACCGCCCGAUGAAAAGGCCAGCGGCAUUGCGAUAUCGCGCGAGCGCGCGAGCAAAGCAAUUUAUCACGAAAUUCCCCGCGCCCUCGUCUCGAGGCCUCACCGACAAACGACGCUAAAGAGCACCGGCAGUUUACGCAUGCGAAAACAACUGUUGUUAGGCAACUACGGUAACUGGUGCCACGCCGAUCAACGAGGGAUAUUUCAUACAAAGGAAGAAGAGAAGACAGAGGAGGAGGAGGAGGAGGAGAAAUGA